AUGUCCUCCGUAGCCUCCAAAAUUGCCUCCAAGUCCCUCCUGAAACAAGUAUUCCGCCUCUCUCAACGGGCCCUCUCUACUUCUACCGAACCUCGAACCCAGAAGCUCGAACGGAUUGCAGACGAGCUUUUGAGCCUCACGAAGAUCGAGAAGCAUGACUAUGCCAUCCUCUUCAGGCACAAAUUGGGGUUAAACCGAUACGGGCCUGCAGUUUCGGGCAUUUCGGAUCCCUCAUCUGGGUCUGCAGCUUCCGGUCCAGGCGCCGGCGCCGCCGACGCUCAGGCAGCCGAGAAGACCAUCUUUAAUGUAAAACUGGAGAAAUUCGACGCCGCUGCGAAAAUUAAAGUGAUCAAGGAGAUUAGAGGGAUUACUGAUUUGGGGUUGAAAGAGGCCAAAGAUUUGGUUGAAAAAGCCCCUAGCGUGGUGAAGAAGGGAGUCACUAAAGAUGAGGCUGAUGCCAUUAUCGAAAAGCUUCAGAAGGCCGGAGCUACUGCUGCUUUAGAAUGA